ACUUUUGGCAUCUUAUCAGCAUCGAAACGCUAUCAACGCGGAGACAGUGACAAGUUCCAUAAGCACACUUUAACCCGAAUUGCGGCUAUAUUGCUAAUCCGGCGUUUGUUACGAUGAUACACAUUAAAUGUAAAGAUACCAAUUUGGACCCGAUUCCAGUAAAGAUUGGCAUCAUUGGUGGCUCUGGUCUGGAUGAUCCCGAUAUCUUGGAGCAGCGUCAGGAGAAGGUAAUUGAGACACCCUACGGUGCACCAUCGGAUGCGUUGAUCGAAGGCGAAAUCGGUGGGGUGCAGUGCGUCCUCCUCGCCCGUCAUGGACGCAAACAUGAUAUUAUGCCAUCGAAUGUUAAUUAUCGUGCCAACAUUUGGGCUCUACGUCAAAUUGGUUGCACACAUUUGAUUGUGUCCACCGCCUGCGGUUCGCUAAGGGAGCACAUUCAGCCGGGUAAUUUAGUGGUGCCACAUGACUUUAUUGAUCGCACCACGAAGCGACAACAGACGUUCUAUGAUGGUGAGCAUGCAGGUGUCAAUGGCGUCUGCCAUCUACCCAUGUAUCCGGCUUUCUGUGAGCGCACUCGGAAGACGCUGCUCGAUGCGGCCAAGGAGCUGGAAUAUGCCGCCCAUGACAAGGCAACGAUUGUCACCAUAGAGGGACCACGAUUCUCAUCUCGCUCGGAGAGUAAUAUGUUCAGGCAGUGGGGCGGUGAUCUGAUCAAUAUGACAACCUGUCCGGAAGUUGUGCUGGCCAAGGAAGCGGGCCUAUUAUAUGGCUCGGUGGCAAUUGCCACUGAUUACGAUUGCUGGCGCAUGGGCUGCGAGGGUGUCAACGUCCAAGAUGUGCUCAGGACCUUCUCCGAGAAUGUGGUGAAAGUGAAGCGUAUCUUGGUGAAUGCUGUGGGACGCAUUGCCAAGGAGGAUUGGUCCGAGGAUAUUCUAAAUGCUAAGCAAUGCGUCUGCAACAAUACCAUGUCCGGUGCCAUGUGACGCUUUUUAAAGCUAUGCACCGAAAUAACCAGAGACACGAUUAGCCGCCGGAAGCCGGUCAUUCUGCCAGCGUACCCAAAGAAGAACUCCAAGAAGCGUCUGCCAAAACUUUUAUCCAUCUCCAUUACCUAUGAACUAGAAUCAGGCCGUGGCCCCAAAGAAUUCACCAUCAAGCCAGAAAAUCAAACUCAAUUCCAAACAAAACGAGAAACACAAACUCCGGCAGCUGCGAGCGCUUCAACUUAAACUAACAUAUCCCGCACAACGACUACAUUAAUUAAUUGAAAUACUCUUAAGGCAUUUGGCUUGUGAUGUUUUUUUUAGUAUAUAUCUCAAAAUGUUUGCCGAAACUCAAAUAAACCAAUCACAAGAGGCGUACGCAGAACGUUGAAAUCUA